AGAACAAUGCUGCACCCUGCCCGUAGAGCCUCGCGGUGCCGCGCCCUGGGGUGGGCCUGCCGGGAAAUGUAGUUUCCGAAGCCCCGCCCUUGCCGCCCCGUGGCUUGCCGGCCGGGAGCUCCAAGCAACUACAAGUUCCAUCACGCUCUGCGAGGCCUUGAUCUCCAGGCUUUUGCAGGGAAGGGAGUGGGGCGAACAUGGCUGAAGGAAGCCGAGGUGUACCAACGUGUAGCGGGGUGGCUGGCAGGCAGGACCCAGUCUCCGGCAGUGGCGGCUGCAAUUUUCCAGAGUAUGAGCUUCCCGAGCUAAAUACGCGCGCUUUCCAUGUGGGCGCCUUUGGGGAGCUGUGGCGGGGCCGUCUGCGCGGGGCCGGGGACUUGUCGCUGAGGGAGCCGCUGGCGUCCGCUCUGCCUGGGAGCCGGGGGAUUGCGGACUCCGACCGGGAGGAUGCCGCGGUGGCCGGGGAUCUGGACUGCAGCCUGGAGGCGGCGGCUGAACUGAGGGCGGUGUGCGGCCUUGAUAAACUGAAAUGCCUUGAGGACGGUGAGGAUCCUGAAGUCAUUCCAGAGAAUACUGACCUGGUGACUUUGGGGGUUAGAAAAAGGUUCUUGGAACAUCGGGAAGAAACCAUUACAAUAGAUCGAGCCUGCAGACAAGAAACAUUCGUUUAUGAGAUGGAGUCACAUGCCAUAGGAAAAAAGCCUGAAAAUUCAGCAGACAUGAUUGAAGAAGGGGAGCUUAUCCUGUCUGUGAAUAUCCUGUACCCUGUUAUAUUUCAUAAGCACAAAGAACACAAACCAUACCAAACAAUGCUGGUGUUGGGCAGUCAAAAGCUCACAGAACUGAGGGAUUCAAUUCGCUGUGUCAGUGACCUCCAGAUUGGUGGUGAAUUCAGCAACACUCCUGACCAAGCCCCUGAGCACAUCAGCAAAGACCUAUACAAAUCAGCCUUCUUUUAUUUUGAAGGAACAUUUUAUAAUGAUAAAAGAUACCCGGAAUGCAGAGAUUUGAGCAGAACUAUCAUUGAGUGGUCAGAGUCCCAUGAUAGAGGAUAUGGAAAGUUUCAGACUGCUAGAAUGGAAGAUUUCACCUUCAAUGACUUGUGUAUUAAACUGGGUUUUCCUUACUUAUACUGUCAUCAGGGAGACUGUGAACAUGUCAUUGUCAUUACUGACAUAAGGCUUGUGCAUCAUGAUGACUGCUUGGAUAGGACACUGUAUCCCCUCCUUAUCAAGAAGCAUUGGCUAUGGACCAGAAAAUGUUUUGUUUGUAAAAUGUAUACAGCUAGAUGGGUGACGAACAAUGACAGUUUUGCACCAGAGGACCCAUGUUUCUUUUGUGAUGUUUGCUUCCGAAUGCUCCACUAUGAUUCAGAAGGCAACAAACUGGGGGAAUUCCUUGCUUAUCCUUAUGUUGAUCCUGGAACCUUUAAUUAAGAAUAGCUACACUCACAAAAGUACCCCCUUAUGAAAUAACUGUUCUCUUGGAUGGUUACCUUUUUUCUAAGAAACGCCACUGAGGAGCAGGAUCCACUUUGAACAGUCUGCUAAAGCGACCAAAAAAAAUUCCAAGUCACAGAUUUUCUUAUAAUGAUUGUAUUUAAAUGUUUAUAACAUAGUUAAAUUUCAUAUUUAUUCCAAAGAGUAUUUAAUUUAGUGCUUUUUACCCAUUGAGUUGUAGUACUUUAUAUAUUCUGACUUUAAAUCCUUUGUCAGACACACAUAUUCUUUCUCCCAAUCCAUGCCUUCCCUAUUCAUUCUCUGUCCAGAGUGUUUUUUUGCUAAAGAUAGAAUUAAUGAUACAUCAAGUAGUUUUGAAAAUGCUUUGAAGAAUGUGAGAGCUACACCUUCUACCAUGAGGCUUCCAAGGUAAAGAUCCUUCAAAUAUCUGUAACGGAAAUUAGGGAGAAUGAAUUAUUUACAAAUAAGACAAAAUUAAUAGCUUUGGGAUAAUUUAUUUUUGUUUUUGAGACAAAGUCUCGCUUUUGUUGCCCAGGCUGGAGUACAACGGCGCAAUCGCGGCUCACUGCAACCUCCGCCUCCCAGGUUCAGGUGAUUCUCCUGCCACAGCCUCCCGAGUAGCUGGGAUUACAGGCACCUGGCACCAUGCCUGGCUAAUUUUUGUAUUUUUAGUAGAGACGGGGUUUCACCAUGUUGGCCACGCUGGUCUCAAACUCCUAACCUCAGGCAAUCCACCCGCCUCAGCCUCCCAAAGUGCUGGGAUUACAGGCAUGAGCCACCGUGCCCGGCUGCUUUGGGGUAAUUUAAUGUUCGUGUGCUGUUGAGUAAUGUUAGGUUUUGUUUUGAAGGAAACUAGGCAUACAAGACAUGUUAAUAAGACUUUGUGAAUAAUGGAUUUAAAAAGAUAUUGAGUGUAUACUCACAACUCCAGAAAUAACAUUAGCUUGAAGCUUUAUUUCUUGACAAAAGCUUUAUGAAUGCUAUGAGUUUAAAAUAUGUCAAUUUAAUACUAUGAUUUAAAAAACAAUAGAUUUCGUAUGACUGUGGAGACAUGGAGAAAUCAAGAUCCUAUUGAUAUGCUAGUUCUGGCUCACUUAUUCUUGGGUAAUGAUACUAUUGGAUAUAUACCAGUAUUCUAUAAGCAAAAAGAAAAAAAUAAGUUUUUCUCUCCCAGGUCUUCCAUAUUUCUGGUCCCCUUACUAUAGUAAUCCUAGUUACUCUCAUCUUAUUCUGAGAAAAAAAAAAUUUUUAAACUUGUUUUUUGAUACAGGGUCUUACUCUGUCACCCAGACUGUAGUACAGUGGUGUGAUCUUGGCUCACUGGAGCCCUGACCUUCCCAGGCUCAGGUGAUCCUCCUACCUCAGCCUCCCAAAUAGCUGAGACCACAGGCACAGGCCACAGGCCACCAUGGCGGGCUAAUUUUUUUUAUUUCUUGUAGAGGCAGGGUUUCACUAUGUUGCCCAGGAUAGUCUCGAACUCCUGACCUCAAGUGAUCCACCCGCCUAGGCCUCCCAGAGUGCUGGGAUUACAGGCAUGAGCCAUAGCACCCAGCAAAAGAAACUAUUUAUUUUCAGGUUUAGACCAUCAGAUAGAUUUAUAACUAUCUACAUUGAAAUAUUUUCUGGAAACCUUUAUGGGUAGAAAAUUUAAUACUGUUUAAAAACGUUUAGGAAUACUAUAGAUUUCAAAUGCAUCAUUUAAAAUAAAUAAAUUCCACUUUUUCUCUC